CGCACAACCCUCUCAUCAACAUCAACCUCAUCACCAACACGCUUCUCCCUCGGCCAAGUCCGACACGCCACCUUUAUCCCCCGUCCUCGCCGACCAUACACCUUUACUCAGCUCGUCACCCUCUCCGACGGCUCCGCCUACACCAUGCGCACCACUUCUCCUCUCCCAAUCUACCGAGCCACAAAGGAUACCCGAAACACACUCCUGUGGCAGCCUUCUGAAAAGUCUCUUAAGAACGUCGAGUUGGAUGAGGCCGGUAAGCUGGCUGCUUUCCGAGAGCGCUUCGGUCGCGCAUAUGACAGUGGUACUGGCGAGGGCGACGAGGCGGAUGCA